UUACGUAAGGCUGGUGCUCCGGUUUCCUGGCUGACAAGAUGGCGGCUCCUGGACCGGGGGAGUAUUUCAGCGUCGGCAGCCAGGUCUCCUGCCUCACCUGCUUGGGACAGCGCCUCCAGGGGGAGGUCGUGGCCUUCGACUACCAGUCCAAGAUGCUGACUUUGAAAUGCCCCUCCUCCAGUGGAAAGCCCAACCUCAGUGACGUUGUCCUGAUUAAUUUAGCUUACGUUUCGAAUGUGGAUAUAAUCAACGACCGCACUGAAACUCCUCCUCCUCUAGCAUCACUGAAUGUUAACAAGCUUGCCAUCCGAGCACGGGCGGAAAAGGAAGACAAGUUAUCCCAAGCGUAUGCAAUUAGUGCUGGAGUCUCCGUGGAGGGCCAGCAGCUUUUUCAGACUAUACAUAAAACCAUCAAAGACUGUAAAUGGCAGGAGAAGAAUAUCAUUGUGAUGGAUGAUGUUGUAAUCGCACCGCCUUACCAGGUCGACAACUGUAAAGGCAAAGAGGGGGGAAGUGCGUUAAGCCAUGUACGCAAAAUUGUUGAGAAACAUUUUAAAGAUGUGGAAACUCAGAAGGUAAUGCAACGUUCACAAGCACAGCAAACACAGAAGGAGUCCGCUUUGUCGUCUUGAGCCAGUGAAUCCUCAGGACGAGGUGUUUCUUUCCAUUGCCAGACAGAGGGGCCAUGUCUCUCCCCCUGUCUCUCUGGCAGGGGGAGGGGUUAGUUCCAUCAGUUCAUUGUGUCUGGGAGACCUAAACCAUUUAAGAAAAGAAAGCUGACAGAAUUCUCAAAUUAGGCUUUUUAAUGAAAAAUAAUUUAAAGAAAAGACCAUACAGUUUUACUAAACUCACUUUCUUAUCCUCCUCCCCCCCCCCCCCCCCCCAUUCUGCUUUUGUUCAUCUCAUCUCCCUUUUUUUUUUUUUUUUUUUUUUCUCCUCCAAAAAAAUUGUUAGGUAUUUUCAGGCUCUUAUUUAAAUUCAUUUUUAUUUGUUUUCCUUGCUGUAUCCAUGUUAAACAGGUUUAUAUUUUUUACUCCUCUAUCAUAUGAUGAAAACAUAAUGUGACUUGAAAUACCACACUUUACAAAAGAGACAUUUUCUAAAAUAAAAGUAACAAAAAAUGCUGACUAAUUUUAAUAGCUUUUGGAAGAAGCAAAGUGUUUUCCUUUUUUUUGUUUUUUUUUAAAGAACAUUAAGUAAAGGGUGUCAAAAAAAAGAAAUGAGAAAUGAAGUUGUAAAACUGCACUUUUAAAAGGGAAAAAAGGGAUUGCAGUUGAUGUUUUUACAAUUUUCUUGACUAAAAUCUAUGUGGCGGGAGUGGUAAUGUUACAGAUCUCCUUUUUAAGUAAAACACCUCAGCCUCUUUUUUUAAUUCUUUUGAGCGUUUAAUUUUAUUGCUUUAUUUAUGGUCGUCUUUGCUAUAUUUUAAAAAUUGUCCGAUUUUAAGAAAUCGUGAAUCUUCUGGGGGUUCUCUAGCCCUGCCAAAAUGUGUUCUCUAGAACACCAGCUGCUGUGCGGGGAGUACUUUGCUUUCCUUUUACUUGUGAAGCAUUGGAGUGUGACACUUGAUCUUUACCUUAUGGAUCUCUUGUCAAUUGCUCCUCUUCCGUAACUGAUUUUGAGUCCUUAGAAUUAGUUCCAGAACACAAAGGCAUCCAAAAAUAAAAAAUAAACUCUUGCGCCUCUCUCCCAAAAAAUAAAGACCCUGAGAUCUUCA